UAGUGAACAUCUGCAAGUAUAAAAAUAAAUUUGGAUAAUUCGUUAUAACCUCUUAUAACUCAAAGAUAUUUCUAACGGAACGAACACUCAUAUGUUCAAUAUUUCUUUGAUUGAUAAUAAUAAAUCUCGACAGAUCUGUCGAGUUAACGUUUCAUUUUGGAAAUGAAUUCGAUAAUCGAUCGAAACGUACCACCUGAUAUUUUACAAUGCCACCUAGGCCAAUUCAAUGCUCGUUUAGGAUUAUCUGGAUAAUGACACAGGUGAUCGUUAAUUUAUUAAGUCCAUACACUACGUUGUUACAAUUUUCUACAUAUGGAUCGUCGAUCGAUGAUCAUCAAUUCCCAUAUUUACAUCCAUCCGAAAAUCCUGAUUGUCAAUUUCGUGUAUCUAAGCGUGAAUUUUAUGAUCAAACUAUUCAAUAUCAACGAAGAUUUCCAAUUGAUCGAGAACCGUCGAUUGAGAUCAGAGCAAUUUUAGUUCGUUGUUCUGAACCAUCCGAAGAAAUAUUCGAUGAACGUGCAGGAAUGAAUUAUAUUAAUAAAAAUGAAACGUUCUAUGAGAAUUUCGAGACAUCGUCAGAUCGUGAACAAAUACAUAAUUGUCGUCGAAAGUUGAUCAUAACGUUGAAAUUAAAUAACAUUGGAAAGACUAGAACAGAGGAAGAAUACAUAGUAGUCAGUCAUGCUUUAGAUCCGAUUACAAUGCAGAAAUCACGUUUGCAGAAUCCUUAUGUUAUUAAAGUUCGCCAGGAAUCGGUAUUACAAUUGUACGGCUUGAAAUUUGAAAAGGUUGUCAAUGCCGAAGCAAAGGAGCAGAUUAUUAACAAUCAACAUGUUAAUUAUACGGGAUGUAACGAUGGUAUAGAAAAUCCUACAUGUGGUCUUAUAUAUGAAAAUGGAAAUCUUGUUCCUUUUAGUCAGGGAUUCUGUUGUUCGUGCCAUUCCAAAGCGAAUGGAUCGCGUCAGACGAGAAAAGAAUUGAACGAAUCAGUUGGAAAUUUUUCUUCGAAGAUAGAGACGAAAGACAAAAGGAGUGUAAACAGAUCGAGCAACAGGUCGACGACGUUUCGUAAUGCAUACGAACAAUCCUUCAAUGAUUCCAAAUUAUCAGCUGUUGCACGUACCGAUAAAACGGAAAGAAUGAAGGAAGGUCAUUUGAUAUACACCAGUAGACGAUUGAAACAGAAUAAUGUCGGUAAUAAUGUAUCGAGUGUCGAUAAUGAAGGUAACAACAUCGAUAAUGAACAAAUCAACGUCGGUAAGAAAGAUAUUAAUGUCGAUAAUAAAAAUAUAAUCGCAAAUAAUACGGAUAUCAAUGUCGAUAAUGUAGAUAUCUAUGAAAGAAACGAAGAUAAAAAUAGAUCGAAGAAUAACUUAGUAAUAAAAUCAGAUCUGAUUAAAAAUGAGAAUAUCGAGGACACGACAUCGGCAUUAAUAAGAACUAUUUUAUUUUCUCCAAAAAUGCAAAGCAAAGGAAAAAUCGAGCCGUAUAUCGAUAGCAUUAAAGAUCAAGCGAUAAGAGAAUCAAGGAAUUUAAAUGAGAGUUAUAAUAGAUCGUCAAUUAAUUCGAAAAAUUUCGUCGACGAAUCUCGUAUUAUAGUCUCGGGUACUUUAAAUUCGAAAAAUUACGAGGAUCGUAUCGACGACAUCGGCAAAAACGAACGUAAAAAUUUAAUGGACGAACUGACCGAAUUGGAAAAGGCAUACGAUGCUCUUAAGAAAAUGAGAAAAGAUAAAAGGACGAAUCGUAGUACGAGAAAUGUAGAAUUGACACGAUAUAUAUAUAAAAAUUCGAAAAGAAAUGAAUUCGUUGACAAUAACAUCGAAAUGAAAACGAAUGGAUUCUCAAUGCAUUCGACUAUAGAAAAUCCUAUGUAUAUGCGAACAAAUGUAAAGUUUUCAAAUACUAAUGUUGAGAAGUUUAAAGACAAUAGACUUCCCUUAAACAAAGUAAUACCUUCAAAUAAAUCCUCUUUCUCGUUGAAUCCGGUAAAUGGAGUGGAGAAGUCCACGGAGAGAGCUCAAGAAUCCAGAUAUCGUACAAACGUUCAACCGAGUGCCUGGAAAGCGAGGCAAAUCUCUGAUCUGAUUAUAAGUCGUUCUCGUUUAAAUAGUACGACCGUUGGUAAUCCAAGAAGAAAUGUUGUCCCUUAUCUCGAUCUAGACGAUGCUAAGAUCGCCUUAAAGAAGAUAAAUUCGUCAGGUGGUAGAAACUUGGCGUUAAUUUAUCAAACGGCCGAUAAAAACAACAAAGACGAUUACGACGAUAUUGAUGAUAAAUAUUCGCACGAUCGUGGACGAUCUAUAAGACGAUUAUUAUCGAUCGAUCGUUCGAACAAUAAUUUACGUGGCAUGAAACAUUCCUUAGAAUAUGAUGAACCACAAAGUUUUGAAUACGAAGAUUAUCAUUAUCAACAAACCACUCUAGGGAGGGAGAAUGAGGAUCGUGAUAAUCGUUUAAAUGAAAUGAUUGAUCUAAAUACUGUUACUUCGUCGAAACAAAGAAUUUCUAUGAACGAUGAAUUAUACGAGAGUUCCAAUGAUCAUAAAAGCAUUAUGAAUGCUGACAAAUAUAUCAAACAUAUGGCCAGGGUGAUAGCGAAUCGUAGCAAUUCACAUUCUAAAUUGAAUAGAAAUAAAAUUUACAAUGACAAAUUAAAGGUUGUUAAGAAAAAUGUCAUUGAUCUUCCGAUUUAUUCGAAACGCGAUUAUUAUCUGAAUUAUAAUCCUGAAAGAUCAAACGACGUUAGAAAAAUACGAAAGAAUUUUGAUUUUAAUUCAGAAAAUUCCAACGACGAAUUAACUUUAAAUCAAAAUCAAAAGUACGAAGAUCAGAUAUCCUCGUUGGACAAUAAUAAUCGAAUAUAUCAAACAGAAAAUAAUUUAAGAUACAACGAUCAAUCUCGUUCGAAACAAUCAAGAUCCUCUUUCGAAACUUUGGAAAAUGAUUCGAUCGAUCCGAAACAAAUAGGAUACGAUGUUAAUGAUCAAAAAAACGAAGACAUUGAUAUUUCUGUUAAUGGUAAUAUUCACGUCGAAGGUGGUAUUAAUGGACGUCCAAUAUCAAUUGCUUUCGUUGCUGUACCUGACGUCGAAUCGGAUAUAGAUAUGAUGAACAAUGAUAGUUAUUUCAAUGAGCAAAAUUCUAAUUUGAAUGAGAUUAAUGAUCGAAAAGAUUUACCGUUCAAUAUCGAAUCUAACGUUUAUAAACUCGAAAGACUUCCUAACGAUCAGGAAGAAAAUGAUAAUUAUUAUUCGGAUUAUUCGGAUGAUGAUAAUCCUGAACUUUCGAGAGAGAUCAAUUUGGCUAGGGAGAAAAAGGAGGCAGAAAAUUAUCAAGAAGAUGAUUCGAAAUACGACGAGAAAUUGACUUACGGCAAUGUCACAUUUUUUAGAAUAAUACCGGACAAACCUUGUCCAUCGUUGUCGUCGUCCUUGACAAAUAAUUCCUCUAAUAAUUUAAAAAAUAGUAAUUCUUAUGAUUCGAAUUUGUAUCUACCAUUUCUUAAUAUUUCUAAUUCUGACGUAUUGAAAACUACCAGUAGUAAUGACAGUAAAACAACAUCUGAUAUCGAUUUGACAACCUCAAUAAUAUUCACAGUAAUGGUUGAUACUACUACGCCUGAAUCGACUGAAAAAUUGCAAGAUCAAAAGGAAUGUUCGAUCGAGACUACGAAAAUUUCGAAGAUAACUGAAUAUGAAUCAUCGUCCAAACAACCACCAAUUCAAGUAUUACUAACGAAUAUGCCUGAUAUAUUCGUCAAACAGAUUACUAAAUCGACCGAAACGAUUGAAAAGAAUUUGAAUAAAACGACGACGACGACGACGACGACGACGACGACGACGACGACAAUAACGACAACAAUGAAAACAACAGCAACAACAGCAACAACAACAGCAGCAACAACAGCAACAACAGCAUCAGCAUCAACAGCAUCAGCAUCAACAGCAGCAACAACAGCAGCAACAACAACAACAACAGCAGCAGCAACAGCAGCAACAACAACAACAACAACGACAUCGACGACCACCAUUGGGGGAGAUAAUUGUUUCCGAACGAAAGUUACUCUUAAAGAAAUGAAAAAUAAUGAGACUAUUUCUACGAAUGUUCCAGUAACUGUUAAUGAAGUUAGUUCAACUACAACAACGAUAAUUACGAAGUUAAAAGGAUUCCUUCGGUCGAGCAAUAUGGCCUCAUCAAAUUCGAAAAAUCAGAUCAGGGACUCCUCUCAGAUGCGUUACAAACAUAUUAUCGUGCCAGAUGAUGAUACAUUCUACGAAUCGAAUUUAACAAAUUUUAAAACUAAAUGCGACGAGAUCGAUGAGGAUAAAGAUACACGGAAAUCAAUAAUACCGGCUUUGUUAUCAUCGGCGAAUGGCACUCUUGGAAACUCAACUUUUCCACUCGUCGAAUUGAGAUCUUCUGCUAUAAAAGAAAAGAAAACAAGGAGGAAUACUCUUCUGGAUUCCACCUCGAAAUUACUCUCCUCGAUAAAGGCGAAUUCUAAAGGACCGUAUUAUCAAACUUCCUUCAACUCGGAUAUGAAGGAACAACAGCAACGGAACUACGGAUCAUCUAAAAGUUCUGUUAAACGAUCGCUUUUAAAAGGUCACGAGAAUAACGACAAAUCUUUUCUAUUUUAUCCUCGCCAAAACCAACCACAACAUUUUCCUGAAUUGCUAUUGAAAAACUAUGUACCCAACGAUACCGAUACGCAUACUGCACUUAUAUUAAACAAGAAACAAAUGUUUUUGGAAAAAGAUAAAAGAAAGGAGAGAAAGAUUAAUGGUCGAAAUUCAAAUGAUUUGAAAUUUCCCAGACAAGUAAUAAAAUCAAAAAUUUCGAUGGAUACUCCGUCAAUUGUUAAAAGAGAAAUGAAAAGAAAGAAGAAUCGUGUCAAGUCCAAUGGCAAAGCUAAUUUGGAAUCGCUUUUGAAAAAUCAUGCAUCCAAAGAGUCUAAAUUAGUAUCGAAGAAGAAAAAACAUGAUACACGAGAUUCAAAUGAUUCGAAAUCUCUUAGAAAUGUAAUUGAAUCGGAUGCAUCGAUAGAAAAAGAUUCGUCGAAUUUGAAAAGUGUAAUAGGAAGGGAAAAUUCUACCGACAAAGAUAAUUUUCCAGAUCUCCAUAAACGAAAGAUAGAAAAACGUAAGAAAAAGAAGAUGGAUGAUGACGAUGACAUAAAGAAACUAACUGGUAUACGAAGGAAGAAAAAAAAGAAGAAAAAGAAGAGAAAGAAAAUGAAGAAUCAGGAAAAUAUGUUCGACAUACCGGAGGUCAAAACUAAAUGGAAAUUGACGAAAAGAAAUUUAUUGAGUAUUUCAAACGUAAAAAGAGAAAUGAUAAUCGAUGAUUCUGAGAUCUUGAAAUUAAUAAAAAGAAAUUCGUUGAUUGUUCCGAAGAUAAAAAGAACAAAUAUGGAGAUAGAUGAUAAUGGAUUUGAGAUAUUGGGAUUGAUAAAAAAAAAUUUGUCGACUAUUUCGAAAAUAAAUGAAGGAAUGGUGAUAAACGAAUCGAAGGUUUUGAAAUUGGCAAAGAGAAAUUUGUUGAGUAUUCAUGAAAAUAUUGGAAUGGACAAAUCAAAGAUCUUGAAAAUGAAUGGAGAAACGUAUAAAGAAUCAAAAUCGACUUUGGUAGGACAGAGGCAAUCUAAAACAGAUGGUAAACAAGUCCGUGGUGGACGGGAUUGUUCGAAUCGCGAUCAGUCGUUGGACAUUGACGAAUCGAAAUACUCUGAAUCUGCCCACUGCCUUCGCUUCAGUGAUCUGUGGUAUUCUGUUUAUCGCUUGGAUGAACCGAUAUUAGACCAAGCUGUGUCCCUUCAAUUAUAUGAAAAACGAAGUUUACCUGAUGGUACUACUCGAUGGGAGGAUUUAACUCGUUCAAUGAUUAGAUUAGAUAAUUUUGCUAGACGUUAUAGAAACAAUGACGACACUCUUGCCAUAACCUAUCGUGCUACAAGAGAAGUAUCAAAACAAUUUCCUGCUACUUUGGAUGUUAAAAAGGAUCGAUUGCUGAUACCAUCUUCUAUUUCUACGGGAAAAGAUUCCAAGAUCGGCCAAUCUAAAGAUGCAUUUGAAGAAUAUCUGAUUGUAAGAGCGAGCGAAAUCAGCAAGGAUGGAAAUGAAUGCGACAAAGUUGGCGUGGGAUUUAAAGCAUUCUUUGAACAACCGGAUCGUUGUAGACGUCUUGAAGGAACCUGUUUGAAAAAUCAACCUUUAUCUUAUUGGAAACAUGACAGGGAAGCACGGGAAGCUGGGCGAGCUGGUUGUUACUUCUUGAGCAAUUUCGCGUCUGUGCCGAGAGAGGCCAUCAAGUACAACGUGAGCGGAAGCGGAAGCGGCGAGUUCCUUGCUCUGGAGUACCAUUCCCCGCACGUGUCUGCGAUCGACAUUGAAGUCAGGAACGACUACAAUAGCGUCGCCAGUGCAGGGCCAUUUGGACGUAUAACUCAUAUAUACGUGGACAGUACAUCUUUAAUACACACAAUCGUAAUGAUCGUGAUACGGAACGUGGGAUCAACACCGUCGAUUUAUCGUCCUAGAAUCGUUAACUGUCCUCAAGGACUUCCGGCAUCUUGGUCGAACGUGAAAGGCCUUGUGCAGAUAAUUUUACCACGACAAAAUAGAAGAAUAGUCUUUGAUCUCUACGGCGAACUUCCUUUCAAUGAAUUCGAAUGUACCGUGGAGCUGUUAGACCGUCUUGGGAAAACUGUGGCUACGAGAAGAAUGAAAGUACGAAGAAUGGAUCGUUGCUUUUGCGUUUGGCACUGUCUCUGCGCUUGCGUUGCCGUAGCCGAUGGCUGUCGACCGAUGUCAACGACGCAUUAUCACGCAGCUGGAUUUCAGUCUCCUGUACCAAACGUCCCAAUGAAAUCUUCUUCCUUCGAUGGAAGUUUCUUCGACGUUAUAUUCUUACUUCUCUCUAUAUUGGCACUUCUCCUUUUCAUGGGUGUAUCAAAGUGGAUCAUAGGAAUCUAUAUUCCUGAAGUUAGUCGUUGGGGAUUGGAUACUUUGCUUAAAACAACCAAGAUGAGCGAGUAUUUUGAAGAUGAUUUAAAAUGCAGAUGUAUCGUUACUGAUGAAUCAGGUUUUCCAGUUCAUCCAGAUACAGGAAAUAGAUCAAUCAGGAUUUGCAGCAGAAAAACAGAGUUUCUCUUAAAUGUUAUAUUCUUCUUAGUUUAUCCAAUUGCAAUUAGUUGGCACCAUAUAAAGAAAUUCAUUAGUAAUGAAAAUGAAAGUUAUUGUACGGACGAGUCCAAAACAUGCCUGACAAGCGACAAAGACGAGUAUGAGAACCUAGUAACCGUGUGCACGUACGGCGACAGCAAAAAUUCUAAAAUGGAAGCGGAUGAUACGAAUUAUGUCAUGAACGAGCUAAAGAAAUCUCAAGAAUCUUUACAAGAAUAUAAUAGAUACAAAAGAUAUCGUUGCUGCAUGGAAGGAAGAGAUAGAAAUAGAAAUGAUUAAGAUCUAUACCAAUCGAUCGAUGAAUCAUUAUUGUGAUCACUAUAGUGACUUGAUACAACCAAAUGAAUUACUGUUAACGAUGAUCGAUCGACAAGAUAAGGAGAUACAAUUCUUGAUCGAUGAAGAUCUUCUUCCCACCUCCAUUCCUGCCACUACACUCCCCCCUGCCCUUUCUUACCCCUCUCAGCGGGGGCUACAUCCUCUUUAACCCGUCCGUUCUUCCUCCCUCCUUUCCCGCACCGUUCACUCUCAUCUUAGAAGAUUUCAUCUUUAUUAAAGAAAUGUAUAUAGACUAUAAGCAAAGCAUAAAACACUUAUAAAGUUUAACAUCGAAAGUUUGCUUCGAUACUCGUUAGAAAAAGUUGCAUAUCUCUCGGAGGUAGCGUUUUCCUUCUGAAUUUUCGAAACGAGCUCAGAGAGAGAGAGAGAGAGAGAGAGAGAGAACUACAAAGUUUCUGCCUCUCUUAAUAACGAACGAACGAAGAAAAUGCACGACGAAAUCUUCUCGUAACCGGAGUUAAACCGAAUUUUGUUUGUCCAUAUAGUAACACGGUAAUU